AUCUGAUCUUAUCUGAUACAACCGCGUCUCACUUGUCUUCUCUCUCUCUCUCUCUCUCUCUCUCUACCCCCUCGCCUUUCACUAAUCAUUCUACCAUGCGUCAUAAAAUAAGCUACAUACGCACGUUAAAGUCUUUCGGCUAUAUAUAAGCUUAAUAAUGCUCGCUCAGAGAGUAUGCUGCUCUCUCUCCCCAACCCUUAGUCCACAUCAGUGCACUUUAUUUUCAUCUUCUGGGGUAACUAGAUCAAGAGAGAGAGAGAGAAGCUUAUUCAUUACUAAUAGUCCAUCGUGUCAAUCCAUAAUCACCAUGUCCUUGCUAGUUUCUCUCUGGAUCCUCCUUCCUAGCCUUAUUACCGUUCAUAUUUCACCAACCAAUGCCCUCCGCCUUCUGCUCGAAGAAGCUGAUACUGCCCAGAUGAAGAAGUUUGAUCGAAAUGAAAAGCCAGAACAGAAGAGUAAACUAAACCUUGGGCAUCUGAGCUAUGUAGAGGGAACACGAAGAUUAUUAACGAACCAUCAGUAUGCAUAUAGAACUCCCUACAGUACCGCAACAGCCCGUGAAGAUCUGCUCAAGAAGAGGAUUGAUGAGCCUCACCGCAGUGAUGAUUAUAAUAAGAAAAUAUAUUCAGGAUUCACCGCCUCAUCAACCAGGCCUCUCAUGUCAUUCUCUAGCGAGAGCCGGAUCAACAAGUCUAGUCCCGCGUCUUUCUCGGACUAUUCCCAACCAAGAAUGCGAUCUCCUUCUCAUAAUUGAUGAUCCUCUCUCUUUUCUCGUUUUUUAUCCAUUAGUAUACUCAAUUAAUUAGUUUUUCUAAUUAUUAUAAUGUUUCCCAUGCUUCGAGGCUACAAUUUUUGUCCGAGUGAUAAUUAUAUACCGUGUAGACAUCUAGCUAGACUUUAAUUACGGAUAUUAAGAGAUUAACAGCACGCUUUUCCAGUUGAGGCUAAGUUAUAUCCAUCACUGUGUAAUGGUUUCUUUUCCUUCUUAUCAUAGCAUGGAGAUAUAUACAUAUA